AUGGGCCGCCAGCCGCGAAAGCGCCAGAUCUCGUGUCACUUCUGCCGCGCGCGCAAGCUGCGGUGCAAUCGCGAGUUUCCCUGCUCCAAUUGCACAUCCCGCGGAGUUCCAUGCCCGGAGCCUCAGCACGCCGCCUCACCGGCCGCCCAGCGCCCGGCAGCCAAGAAGGCGGCUCCCAAGGCCGGGGAGACGGACAUCCAGAGCCGCCUGGAGCGACUGGAGGGUCUCCUGCAUGGGCUGAGCAAGCACCUGGAGGCUUUACCCGAGCAGCCCCAGCCAACCGCCGUCGCCUCCUUUGAGCCCCUGGCUCCUCAGCUACCCCUACCACUAAAGGUCCAGAGCCUUACGAACGAUGCUUUGCGGCUUGAAGCUUCUUGCAUUGUCACUAAAACAAGCGUUAACAGCAUCGUCUUUCGCGCGUGCCCCAUCCGCUCAAUCACGCAACUUUCAUCAUACAUCUUUCAGGACUUGUCAUCCGAGCCCACGCGAUGUAUUUGGCUGCCCAACCGCGGCGAGGCGGAGGUGUUGGUUGACAAGUACCUCAACGACCUCACCGCUAUCCACCACAUCGUCCACGCCCCCUCAUUGAAGAAGAUGGUGACGCUCAUCUACGAUAGCCUUCAAAUGGGCACCCAAAUAUCGCUGGGGCUUGUGGUUCUUUUGCUGUCAAUCCUCGCCAUGGCCACCUAUUCGUGGACACCCCUGGACGAUGAGAAAAAGGUAUUCCAAGACUUCAAGGAGGCCAACUCGCAGACUCUCUGUUGGGUCAAGGCCGCCUUCAAUCUCCUUGAAAUAUGUCAACGCAAUGCCCAUAACUCCCUGGAAUGUGUACAGGGGCUCACGAUACUAUCCAUCGCCAUUUUCAACCUCGAGGGCCUCUCCCCAAGAGGUCGAACCACUCUCGCUCGUGCUAUAUUCAUGUGCCGAGAACUUGGGUUGAAUCGCCUUGAUCACGCUUACAGAGACACUCUCUUCGAACACUACCCACCUUUGACUGUACUGACGGCUGAAGUUGGAAGGAGGGUAUGGUGGUAUCUGAUAGGAAUCGAUUGGAUGCUUGCUCGUUUUCCCGGUCCACAAGAAGGGACGUACUUGAUCAAUCCGGAGCAUAUGGCGGUUAGAAAACCCCUCAACAUCAGUGACGAGGAUAUGGCAGAAGGCCAAGAACUGGUCGCCAAGCCAAUAGACCAGCCAACAUCCAUGUCCUUCUUCCUCCAACGCAUUCGUGUAACGGAAAUAUUUCGAGUCUUUUCUGAUCGAGUACCCCUUGAGAAAUCCAACACAAGCGCCAUUCGAUACGAAACGGUCCUGCAGAUUGAUGCAGCAAUCGACAGCUUCAUCCAACACGAAAUUCCAGCUUUCUUUACGAUGGAUGCCAAAAGCCUAGGGGAGCUCCCUCCUAAUCAUCCAAAGCGCUCCCGCACCAUUUCAAUCCAACGGCACGUUCUCAAAAUUUUCGUCAACGGCCAGCGCUGCAGGCUUCACCUCCCCUACCUUGCGCGCGGUACAGUUGAUCCAACGUACGCACAUUCACGAGAAAUAUGCCUCAAGAGUGCGCGGCUCGUUCUUCAAGGACAACAAGACCUCGAGAAAGUAGACGCUUCUUUUGCCUGCACGAGACUUCGCAUGGGUGUGGUUGCGCACAGCAUUUUCUUGGCCGUCAUUGCGCUGCUGUUUGACCUGUGCCUAGUGACCGAUGCGGACGACAAAGUGGCCAGACAACAGGAAGCUGAGUAUGCCUGGAAAAUCUUGGAGGAAUCCGAAGUGCAAUCCGUCCCCGUCGCCAAGGGAAUGGGCAUCCUAAGAGAGGUUAUGGAGAAGUACAGAAUACCAGUUCCAAAGGUGAAUGGGCAUGGUCAGCAGGAGAUCGUAAUCAACGGCGCUCAUGCUGCUAUCCCGCUGAGGCCAUGUACGACAGAUAAUAUGGGGCCACCACCUGGAGUGGACUUUGGCAAAGACCACCAUACUGGCGAGGAUUUAGAAGGCCAGAUAUCCAGGAUGGAUCUGGAGGGUGUUGACUGGGACCGCCUAUUCUGGGGUCUCGAUGCCCCUUUUAUCUAG